AUGUCAAAAGAGGACUCACGGAUCACUGUUAGUCGCGGUUUGACAAUCUCCAGAGCAUGCACACACACAUCCGACGCAACGAAUGAAGAGCCAGAUGGCGAAUCAUCUGUAUCAGAGCGUAGAAAUGAUGAAGAGAGUCACGAAAAAUCAUCUCGACGUCGACUUCCAAAGCUGGGUAUGGGCAUAUGGCUUGAUUUAAAGGAUAGACUGCCGUACUAUAAGUCAGAUUGGGCAGAUGCCCUUGAUUACAGAGUUAUUCCCUCCGUUGUGGACACGUACUUCAACAAUUUGCUUCCCGCCAUCGCUUUUGCACAGGAUAUGUUUGACAGAACUGAUAACUCAUAUGGUGUGAAUGAGGUGCUUUUAUCAAGUGCCAUGGCCGGUAUUGUAUUUGGCAUUCUUGCUGGACAGCCUUUAUGUGUAGUAGGUGUCACUGGCCCCAUUUCCAUCUUUAAUUACACGGUCUAUGAAAUUAUAAAGCCUCUAAAUACCAACUAUUUUGGGUUCAUGUUCUGGAUUUGUAUGUGGUCCAUGAUCUUCCAUCUACUUUUGGCAUUUACCAAUGCCGUUUGCCUUCUACAGUACGUGACCACGUUCCCAUGCGACAUAUUUGGCUUAUUUAUUAAUGUGGUUUAUAUUCAGAAAGGAAUACAGAUCCUAACAAGACAGUUUGAAAUCAAGCCGGGGGAAAAAUCGGUACAAAAUGGAUUUUCUAGUGUUGUGGUGGCAUUACUUAUGACAGCUUUUGGACUCUUCUUCAAGCUAUUUCAUCAUUACCCUUUAUUCACCCAUAAAAUAAGGACUUUCAUAUCUGAUUAUUCGACGGCACUUUCAGUGUUAUUCUGGUCUUCCUUCACGCAUUUUGGCGGUUACUUGCAAGACGUUCAGUUCAAGAAAUUACCUAUAACAAAAUCCUUUUUCCCCACUUCCAAAACCAAUAGGCCCCAAGGCACUUGGUUAGCCUAUGAGCCGAUUCCCGCCAAAUACGUUUUCAUUGCUUUACCAUUCGGUAUAAUCUUGACAAUUUUAUUUUACUUUGACCAUAACGUAUCGUCAUUGAUGGCGCAGAGACACCAGUACAAAUUGAAAAAACCGUCCUCUUUUCAUUAUGAUUUCGCACUACUGGGACUCACCACAUGCAUCAGCGGGGUUUUAGGGAUUCCUGCGCCCAAUGGAUUGAUACCUCAAGCACCAUUGCAUACGGAGGCGUUAUUAGUUCGGGAUUCAAAUCAAAAGGUUGUCAGGUGUGUAGAACAAAGGUUCACGAAUACGUUUCAGGGACUAAUGAUUUUGGGAACGAUGACAAGACCUUUAUUGGUAUGCUUGGGGGAAAUUCCUCAGGCGGUACUUUCUGGAUUGUUUUUCAUCAUGGGAAUCAAUGGUCUGAUGACGAAUACUAUUGUAAAUCGAUUGGUUUUCCUAUUUUCGGACCGGACGAGAAGGGAUAAUAACUCGACCUUAGUGAGAGUAUCCAGGAAGUCAAUGGUAGUAUUUCUCUGUUUUAGUUUAGCGGGGUUUGCUGGUGAAUUUGCCAUCACAAAUACAAUAGCCGCCAUUGGAUUCCCUUUGGUGCUGCUUUUAAGCGUACUAGUGUCUUUUUCCUUCCCUUAUAUCUUUCCCAGUGAAGAAUUAGAUAUUCUUGAUACCAAUGUGGCCCAAAAGUUUACUAUCAAGAAUUUACUGCUGGAAAACAUACGUGAUGCAAACUUUCGUUGCACGCACAAUGAUUAG